AUGGUGUGGGACACUAGUUGGUCCAACUCGACGUUUGGCAACUUCACGAUCCCGCCGCCCAACUCGACACUGUGGCAGAUCCCGCCAGAUGCCGGGAGGUCCCUUCAGCCGGACAUCAUCGCCUGUGCUGUCGUAACGUUCCUUGCCGCCUCGACGUUUGUUGUUCUCCGGUUUUACACCAGGGGCUGGGUCAACCAUGUGCUUGGAGCCUCGGAUUGGUGUAUCUUACCGGCUCUUCUUUGCGCUGCCGGCGUCACAGCAAGUUCACUUGAGCAGGUGGCUCAUGGCGCGGGGAAACACGCCUGGGAAACGGACCCGUUCAAGUUACCAGCAUUCGAGAGGGCUGCUUGGUAUGGCAUCCUAUUCUACAAUCUCAGCCUCACCCUCACGAGGAUAUCGAUACUCCUAUUGUACAAACGCAUAUUCAACUACGGCUGGAUUAAGCGGGUCAUCCAAAUCGUGCUGGUCCUCAUCGUCGCCAGCGGGAUAUGGCUGGUCGUCGCCGUCUGCACGGCGUGCAUGCCGUUGCAGGCAUUCUGGGACUGGUCACUGUAUUUCACCACACGGGUUUACUGCCAACCUCCCAACCUGUGGUGGGCAAAUGCGGCUCUCCACAUCACCAGCGACCUGGUCAUUAUGGCGCUGCCGAUGCCGGUCCUGUCCUCCUUAAACCUGCCCCGAAGGCAGAAAUAUGCCAUUGUGGGGCUCUUCGCCCUGGGCUUUGGUGUGUGCAUCAUUUCAGUAGUCCGCCUCGUUGCCCUAAUCGACCUCACCGAACUUCAAGCAUACGACGCGACCUACACAAGCGCCUACAUGAUCUAUUGGACCACCGUCGAGGUCAACGCCGCCAUCGCCUGCGCCUGCGUAAUGACACUCAAGCCAUUCAUCCAGCGCGUCUUCCCGCGCUUGCUCUCCCCCAGCAAGGGUAUCCGCGAGCCGACCCUGCAAUGGAUCACCCCGGUCAACAACGACAGCCACACGCGCAACUCUCUUCCUCCCGCCUCACCAACCAGCCCGCUACACAGGUACCAGAGCCGCGGAAGCAACACAUCCACUCCCACCAACAAGAACCGCCGCAGCGGAAGCCUGCCGCACCUUUACGAAUACGAAAUGUCGCAUCACUAUCACCACCGCCGCCGCGGCCACCAUCACGAGGACAUGAUGGAGAAAUCCCGCUACUACCACAGCUUCACCCGCCACCCCAGCUCCAGCGACGCGGACGACGCCUACGACCUCGAUCACGACCUCGACUUGGAAGCGCAGCGCACCUGCAGCAGCAGCAUCACCACCACCACCACCGCCGCCGGCGACGGCGACGGGGACACAGGGGGCGCGGCAAGCAGCAGCGGAAGCGCAGGGAAUUAUGAUGGUGAUCACGGGGAGGAUUGCAAAGCUCUUGACCCCGGAGCGGGAGGAGCGCUGAGGGCGCCGCCUCGGGCGCAAUUGAGGCUGUCGAUUCAUGUGAUGAGGGAGGUGGUUGUCGAGAGUGAGAGUAUCACUGGUGCUUGGGGGGCUGGGAGGGAGGAGGUGCCGGCGCCGGUGGAUGCUGCGAGGGAGGAGGGUGGGAAUACAAAAGUGGUUCAAGUUGCCGGAGGCGGGCGGGAAGAGGACUUAAGGACAGUUUGA